AUGCCAUUCAUCACCAACCUCACCACCGGUCUCUCCAAGGAAGACAUCGACUUUUACGAGAUCAAGGCAUUUGCAUCCCAAGCCCUCAUGUCCAUCAAACACAUCGGCCUACCCCUUUCCAUCGUCCACCCCGUCGGCGGCGCCAUCGCGCUCGGCCAUCCGCUAGGGUGUACAGGUGCGAGACAGAUCGCGACGGGUUUUGCGACGGCAAAGAGGGAGGGAAAAAAGGUGUUUGUGACGAGUAUGUGUAUGAGGACUGGGAUGGUGAGUUUGGCAUUUCUUCGAUUGGGGAUGGAGAAGAAGGGAGGGCUGAUGGCGGUGGUAGGGCUAUGCGGCGAUCUUUGUGAGCGAGCAGUGAGUGGUAAGAGACUCGGUCUUUCUUCGAUCCGCGGGAGGGUAUGGUGGCAUUCGGAAUGUAGGAAAUAA